CUCACCCCUGGGGUGCACCGCUCCCAUAUAUUAUGGAUAUUGAUCGCAGAUGCUGUACAGCGGAUGAAUCAACCCGCCAUCUUUGAAAUCCUAGCACAAAGCCUUAGGUUAAUACUGCAAAUCACGUCCCGAUCGGCUUUCACUUUUCAAGAUUAACCUGAAACUAUAGAAGCAAAGAAUGCGUACAGGCGUAUUCUAGCGUUCAAACCGGAAGGAGAGCCUCAUCGAUCCUAUUUUUCCAGUAAAGACGACUCACCUUCGAUCCUUGGAUAAUUUGCAGCUUCUAUUUUAAAAAAUAUAAAUUUUUUUAAGUAAAUAAGGUUUAAGCAUGGGCGGUGGAGACAAGAAUCGAACCAUAAUCUCUUUUCCACAGCCUUAUUCAAAAGAUGCUGCCCCAAGACAGGAUGGGAACUUUCACAUUAAGACCAGAGAUGCUUGCCAGUCUGGGAACACAGCCAAUAUUGGACUUAAAGUUUGCAAGGCCAUAGUAAUUGGUGACGUCGCUGUUGGGAAAACGAGUCUUAUUAACAGGUUUUGUCGUAACGUAUUUGACCAUGACUACAAGGCCACCAUUGGGGUUGAUUUUGAAGUAGAAAGAUUCAAGAUUUUAGAUCAAGAUUUCAACCUACAACUAUGGGACACUGCUGGACAAGAGCGCUUCAAGUGUAUGGCUGCAGCAUAUUACAGGGGAGCGCACGCGAUUAUUCUUGUGUUCGACAUGACCAGUAUUAGAAGUUUGGAAAAUACCAGAAGGUGGUUGGAUGAAACUCUCGACAGCAACAGAAACAGCUAUCCUGAAGUGUUUCUAGUUGGAACAAAAAAGGACCUUUGUAAAGAAAAAGAUGCUAGUGAAAUGGAAUCAAGGGGUAUAAGCAUGGCACAAGACUUGCAUGCAGAGUACUGGAGUGUGUCAGCUAAAACAGGUGAAAAAGUUGUAGAAUUCUUUUCUCGCAUGGCAGCCAUAACCUUUGAACAGGCUAUACUACAAGGACUAGAACAACAGGAACUACGACAGACCGAUACAAAACAGAUUGGUGGUGAUAUACUUAGAAUCAAAAAAGUUGAAGAAAAUGAACCCACAUCCAAAAAGUCUUGUUGCGCAGGUCGAGCAAAGUGAAAACAACAUUCUGAUUAUAGAUUAAUAUAUGGUUACAUUAUCAGGCAUUUGUUGACAAAAUUAUAGGAUUAUCAAAUGAUCUCAAUAGCAGUAGUAAAGAUUUAAAGACAAGAGGCACUUCUGGAAAAUUCGCUUGAGUGACCUGGUGAAACUAUGGCUCCCAGUCGAGGUUGGAUUUGAUGUAAAUGUAAAUGUAUGAAAACAUUAAGUCCAACUUGGACUUUGAGCCAUUGUUUCAUGGCCAUUCAAUAAUUAUAAAAUAGUCUUGAUAAUAGUGUUAGAAAUUAAAGACAAUACACAUUUUUGGAAUCGUGGCCCGUCAAGUUACUUAAAUUUGGAUGUGCACACAACCUUGAGAAAACGGUCUAUAUCUAUUGAGCAUACGUUUUUUAUUUUGAUAUUGGGAAAUAAAAAACACCCAAAUUAUGUUCCAGGAAGAGCCUGUGUUGGACCCUUUUAGGCUCUUGUAACACAUCAAGUCCAACUUGGACUAAGAGCUAUUGCCUCAUAGUCACUCUACAAUUACAAAGUUUUAUAGGGAAGACAUGUUUUUGCUCUAGAUUCUGAGCAUUAACGAUGCAAUAAAAAAGUCAUGUAACAUUUUUGUAACUUUCAAGAGCUUUCUGUCUUGAUGAGCAACUGCUCGUCUUGUCAAGUUAAUGCAUGAAUAAUAAAAGACUUAAUAUUUAUUACCUGACAUGCAUGAAUUGUAUAGAUUUAUACCCUUUCUUAAAGCAGUAAAAAACCAAAUGUGUGUACAA